GCGGAGUUUUAACAUAAUAUAAAACAAAAAAUGGUGUUCGACAGUCUACUGCUCUAGUCAACGAGAAGCUCCCAACAUGUCUUCCACCAGCAUCACUCCUUCAUCUCUUCCUACCCAGAGGUUAGUGGGGAAAGUGGCACUAGUUACUGGUGGAGCAACGGGUAUUGGGGAGAGCAUUGUGCGUUUGUUCCACAGGCAUGGUGCGAAAGUUUGUAUAGUUGACGUGCAAGACAACCUUGGCCUGCAUGUGUGUGAAUCUCUUGGUGGUGACCCAAAUGCUUGUUUCUUCCAUUGUGACAUAACAAUAGAGGAGGAAGUUUGCUCAGCAGUUGAUUUUGCAGUGAACAAGUUUGGUACAUUGGAUAUCAUGGUCAACAAUGCUGGGAUAUCAGGCGCACCAUGUUCUGAUAUCCGCAACUAUGAUUUAUCUGAGUUUGAGAAGGUGUUUGAUGUGAAUGUGAAGGGUGUUUUCUUAGGAAUGAAGCAUGCAGCUAAGAUCAUGAUCCCCCUUAAAAAGGGAUCGAUCAUCUCUUUAUGUAGUGUUGCAAGUGCUAUUGGUGGUAUAGGCCCUCAUGCUUACACCGGGUCUAAGCAUGCUGUUUUAGGCCUCAACAAGAAUGUUGCAGCAGAGCUAGGAAAAUACGGCAUACGUGUAAACUGUGUUUCACCUUAUGCUGUUCCAACAGGCUUGUCCUUGGCACACUUGCCUGAGGAGGAAAGAACAGAGGAUGCAUGGACAGGUUUCCGAGCUUUUGUUGCAACAAAUGCCAACCUAGAUGGGGUGGAAUUGACGGCAGAUGAUGUGGCUAAUGCCGUGCUCUUCUUGGCAAGCGAUGAAGCCAGGUAUAUAAGUGGAGCUAAUCUUAUGGUUGAUGGUGGCUUCACGUCUGUGAACCACUGUCUUCGCGUCUUUAAAUGAUGAACUCAUGUGUUCCUCUUGUAAAAAUGCAGAUGCAGUAGUCGGGCUUGCUACCUGCUUUCCUUCUUGUUGGAGAUUGUAGUUAUUUACUCUUUUUGGUUUCAACAAACCAAAUCCAGCCUGUCAAAUUUACUUCUAAUUAAUUGUAUCUAUCCAACUAGUUGAGACUGUCUAGACUGUGUCUACUCUUUCAUAAAUAUAUCCUCAAUGAGUUG